UGACAGUCCUUCCAAACGCAAAAUUGCCCAUGAAGCAACAACAUCAAGGAAAGGCAAAAUUGACUUUGAAACAAGCUGCCACACGACGAAGCGACAAACGCCAGCAGCGAUAGUGGACGACCGCGCGCACACACACAACACCACACACACACCAUGGCAAACAACGACGAGUUCUACCUCCGGUACUACGUUGGUCACAAGGGCAAGUUUGGCCACGAGUUCCUUGAGUUUGAGUUCUCCCAGGAUGGCAAGCUGCGUUAUGCCAACAACUCAGAGUACAAGAACGACACCAUGAUCCGCAAGGAGUGCUUUGUGUCACCAGCAGUCCUUGGUGAGCUGAAGAGGAUCGUCGAGGACAGCGAGAUCAUGAAGGAGGACGACAACCUGUGGCCAGCUGCCGACCGUGUGGGCAAGCAGGAGCUGGAGAUUGUGUGCGGUGAUGAUCACAUUUCCUUCACAACCUCGAAGAUUGGCUCCAUGAACGACGUCAACGACAGCAAGGACCCUGAGGGCCUGCGCACGUUCUACUAUCUCGUGCAGGAUCUCAAGUGCUUUGUCAUCAGCCUCAUCGGCCUCCACUUCAAGAUCAAGCCCAUCUCCUAAGCCCAACGGACCCCCUCCCCCCUUUCUUCCUCCCUCGUUGUUGGUUUGGUUUGUCUCGCUCGCCGGCUGGUGCGGCUGGUGCAGCUGGUGCAGCUGUUGCGCACGUGCGACGUGU